UCAAACAGGCACGCGGGUCCCUCGACACCGGCUCUCAUGCGUCACGGCGAGCGCGAGCCUCGUCUGUAUGCUGUUCAGUCAGCUCAGCUUAGCUCAGCAGACAGCCAACGACUGGAGAAGGGGGCUUUAAAACCAUCAGAUGCGUUUGUCUUUCUCUGUCAGCUAAGUAAAAAGGAUGUCUACAUGACUCGGGUUCUUUUUCAGGUUCCAACCAGGCAGGUAUGAUGGUUGGAAAGCCGGCGAGACAGUGGAGGUCCGUCUGUAAGGGUCUGAUUUUGGGCGCUCUGUUGACCACAUGCAUGAUUCUUCUGUACUGUCUGUCGGCCCCAGAGGUCCACUUCAGCUUGCAGGAGGUCCCAGUGCCUUACUCGUGUGCUCACCGGCCAUCUGCCGUUCACUCCUCAAUCUCAAACAGAUCCCAUGAUGCAUCAGGGCAGAGACCUUGCACUCCCAAAGUGGACGUAAUGUUCAUGAAAACCCAUAAAACAGCCAGCAGCACAUUUCUCAACAUACUCUUUCGUUUCGGCGAAAAGCACAACCUGAAAUUUGCCUUCCCCAACAGCCGUAAUGACUUCUUUUACCCAUCUCCUUUCCAUCGCUCGCAGGUGCAAGACUACAGACCGGGAAUGUGUUUCAAUAUCAUCUGCAAUCACAUGCGUUUCAAUGCUGCCGAGGUGGCCAAGGUGCUUCCGGCCGACGCCUCAUACAUCACAAUCCUCCGUGACCCGGCUGACCUCGCCGAGUCCUCCUUCCACUAUUUUGGACGUGUGAUACCCAUGACGUGGAAACUUUCAGGGGAGGAUAAGCUCGGAGAAUUCCUGAACAAUCCUGAGCUUUACUACGAUCCCGAGGGCUUUAAUUCGUUUUAUCUGAAAAACUUGCUUUUCUUCGACUUUGGGGAGGAUAAUAACAUGGAUCCUAACGACCCAAGGGUGGACGUGGCCAUCAGUGCCAUCGCCGAACGUUUCCAGCUGGUGAUGCUGGUGGAGCAUUUCGAAGAGUCUCUCAUCUUGCUCAAGGACGUGCUCUGCUGGGAAAUGGACGACUUGCUGUUUUUCAAACUCAAUGCGAGGAAAGGUUCGACCGUUUCUAGACUCGCCUCAAACCUCAGAGCCAAGGCGCUGGAGUGGAACGCUAUCGAUUGGAAACUUUACCAGUAUUUCAACGCCACUUUCUGGCACAAAGUGGACGCUUAUGGACACGAACGCAUGGCUAAGGAUGUGGCGGAGCUGCGUCGCAGGAACGCCGAAAUGGCCUCCGUUUGCAUUGAGGAAGGCCAUGCUGUCGAUGCAGGCAACAUUCUUGAGACCUCCAUGCAGCCGUGGCAACCCAUCGGUGAAAAGUCGAUUUUGGGGUACAAUCUGAAAAAGAACAUUGACAAAGCACAUCGAAAGCUCUGUAGGAAAAUGCUCACCCCGGAGUUGCAAUACCUUACUGAUAUGGGCGUCAACCUGUGGAUAACAAGACUGUGGGGUCACAUAAGAGAAAUCAUUCACUGGUAGCUCUUAAUGCCGCGUUUUUACGGUUACUGACAGACCUAAAACCUUUUCUGUGUCAGAAAGAAAUAAUACUAUGUUGCAAAGUGUUCGCGUGCUUGAGUCAAUCAUAAAAAUAUGAAUCAACCACACUUGUUGUUGUUGUUACGUGACCUCAUUUUUGUUUUAAUUGUUGGUGCCAAUGGCAAUAGCAAUAAUUGUCUUAUAUCUGAUACUGUAUGAACUCAGAGUUGUUGUUAUUGUUACGGCAUCUGAUGAAUAACUCUGUUCACAAUGGUACGUGAAAAGGUGCUUAUCAGCUAAAAUGUGAUGACAUAAAGCUUGCUAAAGCACAGUCUACUCCAGUCAAAUACCUGGAAUUUAAAAAAAUAAAAACUUACUGUACACGUGUCUCGUUCCUGUUUCGCCUACAUAAUCGAACAUGAAUGAAUUCUUAUAUUCUUUUACAAUGUUGCGUGAGAACAUUCACACAUAGUCCCAGAGAUAUUAGUCACAGAUAGAGCGGAUGUGUGAUAUUAAAUGGAUUGACCCGGGAUAUACUCUCUUGUUGGGAAUCCUUCUGGGAAUUGCAAUUGUGCGGUUUCAUAAUGCACCAUGAUUCCUCUCUUUGACUCGUAUGUCUAAUGAAAGAAAUGGAUCUACGCAGAAAUACAUCAGUAGGCUAUACAUUAACAAAAAGACAAUAGCAUGAAUAU